UCCUCUCUCUCUCUCUCUCUCUCACUUGGGUACUUCACGAUAUGUCUACUGAGACUGGAAAUCACGAACAAGUCUUGCAAGACUUGAAGAGCUUCAUAGCUGACACGAAAAUCCUCAUCGAAAGAGUUAUGAAAAUGCGCAUCGAAUGCAAAGAAGUACAAAUGACCAUGCUUCGUUUGUUCAAUCCCAAAUGUAUUAAGAUUCUUGAAAUUUCCAACGAAGUGUCGCGCAAGAAUACAACCACAGUCAGGCACUUUCCCGAACACAGGAAUAUCAAGACGAAGCUUGUUAAUUUAAAAAAAUCUGCCAAGGUUCAUUUCGAGUGA